UAUAAAGUAGUACCUAUAGUUGAGUUGUAUAUACCGCGUAUGGAACUUCUUUUUCUUAGUCAACGUUUGAAGCCGUUGCCAUUCACCGAGCGAGCUAACGCCAAGGCGAACCCACACCGUCCUGACCUUGGCGGCUACUCGUGGCUUUAUCGCUGUCACUGCCCCCGUUGCAUUGCAUUGCUUGCUUGUGCAGCAGGCUUGCAGCCCUGGAACUUGGAACUGGAACUGGAACUGCGGCGGCCACUGAAUGCAGUUCCAGCGCCCCAGGGCAUCUUCAGCGAAACCCCUGCCCCCCAUCGUCGUCACAGGUCGGCUUCCCGGUUAACGAACCCCCACCAAAUGGGAAUUUGGCCACUCACCUUGCGCGAAAGCGCCUCGGCCAAAAACUUUUUCCGCCGCCUCGCCCUGGCCCGACAAAUCCCGUGCCAGAACGGGGGCCACCUGGGCGCCGCUGGGGCUCGUGCUAGGUCUUGGUCCUGCUGGGUCGGUCACCAGAGGACCAGAGGGAAGCCGUUUCCUGAUUAAGCGGCGUCUCCAACUUGGGACAGCUUUACUUUCGUGGUCCAUCACCUCCGAAAAUCCUCCCUCAUCCUCCCAAUCCUCCUUGCUUGCGACUCCCACGCAACAAAAGACUCGACGAUCCCCUCUUCUUCCUUCCCUGUCC